UGUACUCUUAAUGCACGUUGAUUGGUUUAAAAUGGCAACUACCACUUAGUUCAAGGACAAAAAAUUUCCGAAGAAGGCGAACAAAUUAGUUUGGAUCUGAUUUUUUUUGUUAUUUCUUCCUUUAACAGAGCAAUUUACAGAUUUUACAGAUUGAAGAUAUCAUUAAAGUUUGAUCAGUGAGUUACAAUGUGGAGGCAGAAAUCUCAUCUGCUGUGGCGUCAUGUCAACAGUCCAGCUGGUAUCUAUGGCAACCAGUGUGUCAGAUGCAUGUCAGAUUCUGACAGGCCAACAUUAGCUAUACGAAGAGAGACUGUUAAUGUUUGGGAGAGAAGAGCACCUUUGGCACCAAGACAUGUGGAGAAGUUAGUGAAGAAAGGAGUGAGAGUUAUAGUUCAGCCAUCUAACAGACGGGCAUAUAACAUGCAGGAAUAUAUUGAGAAAGGUGCUGUAAUCCAGGAGGAUCUCAGUGAAGCAUCUGUUGUAAUUGGUGUUAAACAAGUGCCCAUAGAUCUUCUAAUGCCAGAUAAAACCUUCUGCUUCUUUUCUCACACAAUCAAAGCACAGAAAGACAACAUGCCUCUACUUGAUGCUAUACUUGAAAAGAAUGUAAGACUGAUAGAUUACGAGAAGAUGGUGGACGACGGGGGUCAGCGUGUUGUAGCUUUCGGUAAAUAUGCCGGUGUGGUGGGAAUGAUAAACAUUCUACAUGGUAUGGGUCUACGUCUGCUAGCUCUUGGACAUCAUACACCAUUCAUGCAUAUUGGACCCAGUCACAACUAUCGUAACAGUGAGGCUGCUCGACAAGCUGUGAGGGACGCAGGGUACGAGAUAGCCCUCGGUAGAAUGCCUAGAUCUAUUGGACCUUUAACAUUUAUAUUCACAGGGUCUGGAAAUGUCUCCAACGGAGCCCAGGAAGUAUUUCAAGAGUUACCACAUGAAUAUAUAGAACCUGAUCACCUACCAACUGUUGCUAAAAAAGGAUCAAUGAGGAAAGUGUAUGGUUGUGUGGUCAGUCGUGAUGACCACUAUGUCAGGUUAGAAGGUGGUAAAUUUAAUGCUGCAGAGUUUGAGGAGCAUCCAGAAAGAUAUGCAUCAACUUUCAGUCACAAGGUUGCACCUUACUCCUCGUGUAUUAUAAAUGGUAUAUACUGGGCCCCAAAUUCACCUAGACUACUGACCAUUCCUGAUGCUAAAACACUUCUGAGAGCUGCUGAAUUUCCAUGGAUUCCAUCGAGUGAGGGUUGUCCGCAAUUACCACAUCGAUUGAUUGCAUUAUGUGAUAUCUCGGCGGACCCAGGGGGCUCGAUAGAGUUCAUGAAAGAAUGUACAACUAUUGAUAAACCCUUCUGUCUGUAUGAUGCUGAAUUGAACGUGGAAAGAGAAAGCUUUAAAGGAGAUGGUGUGUUGAUUUGUUCUAUAGACAAUAUGCCAGCCCAGAUGCCUAGAGAGGCCACAGAAUAUUUCGGGAGUCUGUUGCUGCCAUACAUCCCAGAGAUUCUAAAGUCAGAUGCUAAAGGAUCCUUUGAAGACUAUUCUGCCAAUCCGACUGUCAAAAAUGCUGUCAUUGCAUCAAAUGGAAAGUUGACACCCAGUUUUGAGUAUAUUGAUGAUUUGAGGAAAAGGAGCAUGUCAUCUAAGUUAAUGGAAGUUGUACCAGGACAGAAGAAAGUGUUGGUACUUGGAGCAGGAUAUGUUGCUGGACCUGCUGUAGAGUACCUGAGUAGGGACAGUAAUAUCCAGGUGACUGUUGUUUCUCAGUUGAAAGAAGAGCUAGAAAGAAUAGAAUCUAGAUGUUCAAAUGUUGAAUGUCAGAUGUUUGAUGUGACACGGCAUCCGGAGGAAGUUGAUAAACUUGUACCAGAAUAUGAUGUCGUAGUGAGUUUAUUACCGUACACAAUGCACCCAGAAGUUGCCAAGUCAUGUAUUAAACAUCGUAAAAAUAUGGUCACUGCAAGUUAUGUUACACCUGCCAUGAAGGAGUUACACAAAGC